UUAUUCACUGUUCACUCUCAGUAUGCGGCGUGGCUCUGAGUAGAGCGUACGCAUUUUUCUUUUUAUAUCUUGUACUUUGUAAUAUUUACUCUUUCUAAAAACAAUGACUAUUCGCAAAAUCGUUUCGUUUAAAAUCUUGAAAAAGAGAAAGUUUUCUCAAUAGUGUUGUCUAAUCACUAUUAGCGUCUCUCUAUCUCUCUCCGAUUCUCGGUAAAAAAAAAAAAAUAAAUAAUUAAAGACCUCCAGUAGAAGUAACUAAAACUACCGAUGGAGUUUUUGUCUACAGUUUAUUCACAUGUCACAUAUUCCUGAAGUACAUUUAAUAACAAAGAAAUAUAACAUUGUGAUAUAGAUAAUAUAUUUAAUUAAAUGUGUGUCAAUUAUUUUAAACCUUAGAAAAUAAUUAGUGAUCUAUGAAAAAAAUAAAAUAAAUGUAAAGUGUCUUCAAUUGGAGUGGCAAGUUAAUUUAUUAUUCGAUCUCUUCGCAGUUAAUGAGUGCAACUUUAAGCUCUGCCAUCAAACUAACCAAUUUUGAUUCAUUAGUGGCAUGACCCGUGUGACCCUUGUCAUUUCUUGUUAAGUGAAUUAAUUUAUUCCGCACAAAAUAAGCUUCUAGAAAAUUACAUUUUAUAUCGUUUUUUUUUUUUUUUUUUUUUGUUUAUCGACACUAAAUAUACAAACACAUACAAGGAUGCUCAAGACAAUUAACAAUUUAUUAUCGUCUCUUGCGAAACUAUUAAUUUAAUUUGAAUAAUGAUCAAUUUUUCAUCACUGCAAAAUAGAUUUUGGACAAUGAAAUAAAUAUCUGACUUGAUUUCUCGUUUCAUCUACAUCAUGAAGAUGCAGUGGCUGACGAUAAUGAUAUGCUUCUACGCCGGAGUGGCAAGAGCUCGAACAGAAGAGGAUCAAGCCUCGUCUACAAAUCAGGCUUCGACACCGCCGAGUCCAAUUCCUGAGGAGGUUCUUCACGAGCAUUGUUUUUAUCAACAAUCAACUGAAUGUCCUUCAGCAAACUCGGGAGAAUGUCCUUGCAAAAGGAUUAUUCUCUCACACUCACACGUUGAGGAAAAUGCUGUUUUAUGCUGCAAUCUCAAUAGUUACAAAGCAUUUGAAGAUGGACUAUCAUGUUCAAAUUUUCCUGUUAAUGUUUCUUAUAUUCACAUAAGAAACUCCACCUUAGAUGUGUUCAACGCAAGCGAAGUGAGAUGGAGGAGAUUAAAAUCCUUAGCUGUGACUGACGGUAAAAUAUAUAGAGUAAAGGGACAAUUUUUAAUGAUGACUCCAAUUUUGUGCCUUAAUCUUUCUAACAAUGGACUCGUUGAAAUGGAGAAUAAUUCUUUAACAAGAUUGGCUCAACUGACAACAUUGGACUUAUCCUAUAAUAAUUUAACACAUCUUCCUGCUCUCAACACCAUGAACGGUCGUGAAUUUUGGCUCGAUAUUUCAGGGACCAACAAUCUUUGGUGUCAUGAUAUCUAUCAGUACAUCAACAAAACUGGAGAAAAACAAAUUAAUUUUAAUAGAGAAAAUGAUACUCUUUGUUCGGCCAGUAAAACCUGGCAUUGGUUCAAUACUACCGAACAGGUUCCAUUAAAAGAAGUUCUUUAUUUGAGUCAGCUACAAACCGAGUGUCCCAAAGGAGAGAACUGGCAAUGUCAGUGUAAUUUUCGAAGAAUGGAUAUUGUCGAAGGCAAACCUCCGACCUUAGCCGUAAAUGUUGAUUGCGGUGGUAUUCAGUUAACAGAACUACCGGAAAAAUUACCGCCUAACACGAUAGCCUUGAAUGUUUCCUACAACAAUAUUACUGUCCUCGAUGAUUUAAGUACAAAUCCAUGUUACGAAGAUAUUCGUGAAUUUUACGCUGAUCACAAUAAUAUAUCGUCGAUCAAUAAAUUGGAGGGUUCCAAAUUUUUAGAUAAUUUCGCUCUUUUAAGUUUGCGUUACAACAAAAUCAAAUCGCUUCCAACGUAUAUUUUAGCGCCAAACGCACAUGACAAGAGUUUUGUCAGCAACAGACUAGUGAAAUUUGGAGGAAAUGAAUUGCUCUGUGAUUGUAAUACCGCCAAAUAUUUAAAAGUAUGGCUACAAAGUCGAAUAUUAGACUACGACGAAGUUUUUUGCGAGAAUGUAAAAGAAAAAGUGGUUGACUUGGAGCCUGCCAAGAUGUGUGUUUAUCCAGGCGAUUGGACUGAUUAUAUUUAUUACAUUAUUGCAACAGAAGUAAUAAUGCUCAUAGUUCUUGUGACCAAAGUUUCUUACGAUUAUUGGGUUUUUAAAACAGCGGGAUAUCUUCCUUGGCCUGCGAGUAAAAUGCCAAAGUUGCCUUGCGACUGGUUAUGUGAAACGUAAUCAAAAAUUUUUUUUUU